AUGGGACUGGGCUGGGUGGGACUGGGCUGGGAUAGGUGGGACUGGGUGGGUGGGACUGGGCUGGGAUAGGUGGGACUGGGUAGGUGGGACUGGGCUGGGAUAGGUGGGUCUGGGCUAGGUGGGACUGGGUGGGAGUGCGCUACGUGGGAGUGGGCUAGGUGGGAGUGAGCGAGUCUGGGCUGAGUGGGAGUGGGCUAGGUGGGAGUGGGCUAGGAGGGAGUGAGCGAGAUUGGGCUGGGGUGGAGUAGGCUAGGCUGGGCUGGGUGGGAGUGGGCUAAGUGGGACUGGGCUAGGUGGGACUGUGCUAGGUGGGACUGGACUGGGCUGGGCUGGCGCAAGAUGGAACCUGUGCAUUGGACAUACCUCCAACCACACCAUAACUGCAGCCUUAAAGGCCUAGUGCAUAAUAGAGAGGUGGGUUGUUUACCAACAAAACCGAUGCCCUCACAAAAAAUAAACAUGAGGCAAAAAACAGAUGGGGUUGGCUUACAAUCAAAUAAUUAUUGACAACAUAAACUACUGUCUGCAAAUACAUUUUUUUUAAACAGAAAUUAAUUUGCCCAAUAAAUAACGUUCUUGUCUUUCAAAUUCAUUGUUACAGUUGUUGGUUAGCUAGCUAGCUAACCAUAUCCAUAUGAUACACUAAAAGGUACAUUUUCCAGAAAGUAUAUCUUUCCAUCUGUUUAGUAGGAGUAUUUCUCAUCCAUUUUCACCUAAUGCUGCUCACACAUUAUGUUAUUAGAAAUGUUACUUUCAUAUAAUUGAGAGUGGUCUGUAGUAUGGUCAGUAAUUGUGUGGUUUCGUAGUUGUGGUCAGUAGUUGUGUGGUUGUGGUCAGUAGUUGUGCGGUCAGUAGUUGUGUGGUUGUGGUCAGUAGUUGUGUGGUUGUGGUCAGUAUUUGUGGUCAGUAGUUGUGUGGUUGUGGUCAGUAAAUGUGUUCAGUAGUUAUGUAGUUGUGGUCAGUAGUUGUUGUCGGUAGUUGUGUGGUUGUGGUCUGAAACAUGCUACAGUUUGUGCUAUGAAACUAAAUAAAUACUGCACUCUGACCCAAACAACUUAUUUGCUAGAUUCAUGAUAGUGUUGUUAGACAAAGAAAGGAAAGUGACCUUCAAAAUGUGAUGUAGUUUUAUUGGAAUUUGCAGCUGGUGUUGGUAAGUAAUGAAUCUGCUAGCGUCUGAAAUGACUUACUGCAUCUAUAAUGAAAGCAGUCGAUGGGUUACUAAAACAGCUUGACCUGUUGUUUGGAAGAAGCUAUUCCUGUUCUGCUUUCAGAUUUCAAAGGCAUAGAGGUAGAGGAAGAUUUCAUAUGCUCUAAGUCUUUGUCUGACUUGUUGGGGGAGUGGUUAAAAUGGCAAUUGUUUGGAAAAAGUUGGAAAACAAUGUGUUAAUGCAGUUACCAAAACAGCUGUAUCGUUAGAUUGGUAACAGAUAAUUAUGUUCCAAUUUCAGAUGUGAAUAUCAGGGAAGUAGAACAAGAUGUCAUACCCUCUAAAUGUUUGUCUAAGUUGUUGGUAAAGGGGUCAAAGUAGCUGAUUUGCGUCAAAAGUUGCAUUGCUGCAUUUACAGUGAAUGCAAUGUUGAAAGUGAUGAUGUCACAAUUGGGCCUUUAGAAUGUUGAGGAAAUCCCUUGAAAGUGGAUGGAGGACCAAAAAAAUGACUAAAGGUUUCAUAGCUUAAAAAGCAUAAAAUAUAUCCAAAAGUUGUAUACAAGCAACUCAGUCCAGACCAGUCUGCACGUUUUAAAGUUUGAAUGACAUUUCUAGUUUAAAUGGUGUAAGAGGAGUAGCGUGCAAAAAAUAUACACACUACUAGUCAAAAGUUUGGACACACCUACUCAUUCACUAAUUUUUCUUUAUUUUUACUAUUUUUUACAUUGUAAAAUAAUAGUGAAGACAUCAAAACUAUGAAAUAACACAUAUAGAAUCAUGUAGUAACCAAAAAAAGUGUUAAACAAAUCCAAAUAUACAGUGCCUUGCAAAAGUCUUCAUCCACCUUGGGGUUUUUCCUAUUUUGUUGCAUUACAACCUGUAAUUUAAAAUAUUUUUAUUUGGAUUUCAUGUAAUGGACAUACACAAAAUAGUCGAAAUUGGUGAAGUGAAAUGAAAAAAAUAACUUGUUUCAAGGAAUUCUAAAAAAUAAAUAACAGAAAAGCGGUGCGUGCAUAUGUAUUCACCCCCUUUGCAAUGAAGCCCCUAAAUAAGAUCUGGUGCAACCAAUUACAUUCAGAAGUCACAUAAUUAGUUAAAUAAAGUCCACCUGUGUGCAAUCUAAGUGUCACAUGAUCUGUCACCUGAUCUCAGUAUAUAUAUACACCUGUUCUGAAAGGCCCCAGAGUCUGCAACACCACUAAGCAAGGGGCACCACCAAGCAAGUGGCACCAUGAAGACCAAGGAGCUCUUCAAACAGGUCAGGGACAAAGUUGUGGAGAAGUACAGAUCAGGGUUGGGUUAUAAACAAAUAUCCGAAACUUUGAACAUUCCACGGAGCACCAUUAAAUCCAUUAUUAAAAAUGUGAAAGAAUAUGGCACCACAACAAACCUGCAAAGAGAGGGCCGCCCACCAAAACUGACGGACCAGGCAAGGAGGGCAUUAAUCAGAGAGGCAACAAAGAGACCAAAGAUAACCCUGAAGGAGCUGCAAAGCUCUACAGCGGAGAUUGGAGUAUCUGUCCACAGGACCACUUUAAGCCGUACACUCCACAGAGCUGGGCUUUGCGGAAGAGUAGUCAGAAAAAAGCCAUUGGUUAAAGAAAAAAAUAAGCAAACACAUUUGUUGUUCGCUAAAAGGCAUGUGGGAGACUCCCCAAACAUAUGGAAGAAGGUACUCUGGUCAGAUAAGACUAGAAUUGAGCUUUUUGGCCAUCAAGGAAAACGCUAUGUCUGGCGCAAACCCAACACCUCUCAUCACCCCAAGAACAUCAUCCCCCUGUUUUUCAUCGGCAGGGACUGGGAAACUGGUCAGAAUUGAAGGAAUGAUGGAUGGCGCUAAAUACAGGGAAAUUCUUGAGAGAAACCUGUUUCACUCUUCCAGAGAUUUGAGACUGGGACGGAGGUUCACCUUCCACCAGGGCAAUGACCCUAAGCAUACUGCUAAAGCAACACUCGAGUGGUUUAAGGGGAAACAUUUAAAUGUAUUGGAAUGGCCUAGUCAAAGCCCAGACCUCAAUCCAAUUGAGAAUCUGUGGUAUGACUUAAAGAUUGCUAGAUGUGCCAAGCUUAUAGAGACAUACCAGGAGACUUACAGCUGUAAUUGCUGCAAAAGUUGGCUCUAUAAAGUAAGGGUGGGUGGGGGGGGGUGAAUAGUUAUGCACGCUCAAGUUUUUUUGUCUUAUUUCUUGUUUGUUUCACCCCAAGAAAUAUUUUGCAUCUUUUAAUUGGUAAGCUUGUUGUGUAAACCAAAUGAUAUAAACCCCCAAAAAAUCAAUUUAAAUUCCAUUUUGUAAGGCAACAAAAUAGGAAAAAUGCCAAGGGGGGUGAAUACUUUCGCAAGCCACUCAUGCUUCUAGUCAUUAUUGCUAGCUAUCCGACCGAUCAGAGUAACAACAAUACACAGCCUUUUGCAUUUUUGUCAUGGCGUUGCCAGCCCACUAGCCUGGGUACCAGUCUGUUUCUGCUAACAUUCCACUCCUUGCACUCCGUCUCAUGCCAUGUUUGGAGUGGAAUGUUAGCAGAAACAGACUGGUACUGUCACGAUCGCUUACAGACGGGUCAGACCAAAGCGCAGCGUGAUAUGCAUACAUGUUUAUUAAAUAUUAAACACAACGACAAAACAACAAACAAAACGAAACGUGAAUUCCAAGGCAGCACAACACACCUUACUGGAACAAGAUCCCACAACCCCCUAGUGCCAAUAGGCUACCUAAGUAUGGUCCCCAAUCAGAGACAACGAGCGACAGCUGCCUCUGAUUGGGAACCACACCGGCCAACAUAGAUCUAGACGAUCUAGACCUAAACCUAGAAAACGCAACAUAGAACAUACCACACAGAAAAUACACACCCUGACUCAACAAAUACGAGUCCCCAGAGUCAGGGCAUGACAGUACCCCCCCCCCCCCCAAAGGUGCGGACUCCGACCGCACAACAUAAACAUAACAGGGUAGGGGCCGGGUGAGCUUUCCGCCUCGGAGGCGGAUCCGGGUCAGGGCGUGACGACCACUUACUCUCCGCCUCCCUGUUGCGCCCCUCAUCUGGUCUGGACCUCGGCGCGCUGCUUCCCCUCUCCUUCCUCCCACGAAGUACCAAGCCCUGUCUGGACCCUGGUGUGGGAGACCCCGAACCUGGAGAGGGCCUGACAUCUGGGUCUGGACUGGAGCCGCUGACCGGAGCUUGACCGGGCACCGGUGGAGCGGACUGCUCUGGCUCCGGAGUGGAGCAGCUGACCGGAGCUGGAUCAGGCACCGGUGGAGCGGACUGCUCUGGCUCCGGAGUGGAGCCGCUGACCGGAGCUGAACUGGGCACCGGUGGAGCGGACUGCUCUGGCUCCGGAGUGGAGCAGCUGACCGGUGCCGGACCAGGCACCGAUUGAACAUGCACAGGCCGUGCCAGACUGGACACACGCACCACUGGCUUGGUGCGGGGAGCAGGAAAGGGCCGUACCGGACUGGCGACGCGCACCACUGGCCUGGUGCGGGGAGCAGGAACAGGCCGGGCCGGGCUGGCGACGCGCACCACUGGCUUGGUGCGAGGGGCAGGAACAGGCCGGGCCGGGCUGGCGACGUGCACCACUGGCUUGGUGCGAGGGGCAGGAACAGGCCGGGCCGGGCUGGCGACAUGCACCACUAGAUUGGUGCGAGGGGCAGGAACAGGCCGGACCGGGCUGGCGACGCGCACCACUGGCUUGGUGCGAGGGGCAGGAACAGGCCGGGCCGGGCUGGACACACGCACCACUGGCUUGGUGCGGGGAGCAGGAACGGGCCGGACCGGACUGGCGACACGCACCACUUCUUGGUGCGAGAAGCAGGACUGGGUUCCUUUAUAAACCCCCGCUCCUUCUGCUGCCUAACCAACUCCUCUCGCCGUGCCUCUACACUUUCCUUCUCCCUUUUAGCCUCCUGUAGCACCUCCCUCUGACCGAAUAACUCCUGCUCCCUCUGAACCAAUAGCCCCCGUAACAUGGUUGCCUCCUAACCUGCAGAUCCGCCCUUUAACGGCCUCCUGCUGCCUCGUCGUCCACACCGUGUGCCCCCCCCAAAAAAAUGUUCUUGGGGUUGCCUCUCGGGUCUCCGUCGUCGGCACUGUUGGCGCCGUUUCUCCUCUCCUACCUGGGCAUCCUCCUUCAUUGCCUUCCGGUAGCGGACGGCCUCCUCCUCCGUAAUUCUCCCCCAACCGAGGAGGACAUCUACUAAUGUAACCUCCUGUUGAAUUCCCGCCAUUUGCUCCUGAACACGCUGCUUGGUCCUCGUUUGGUGGGAUCUUCUGUCACGAUCGCUUACAGACGGGUCAGACCAAGGCGCAGCGUGAUAUGCGUACAUGUUUAUUAAAUAUUAAACACAACGACAAAACAACAAACGAAACGUGAAGUCCAAGGCAGCACAACACAACAUACCUUAACUGGAACAAGAUCCCACAACCCCCUAGUGCCAAUAGGCUACCUAAGUAUGGUCCCCAAUCAGAGACAAUGAGCGACAGCUGCCUCUGAUUGGGAACCACACCGGCCAACACAGAUCUAGACGAUCUAGAUCUAAACCUAGAAAACGCAACAUAGAACAUACCACACAGAAAAUACACACCCUGACUCAACAAAUAUGAGUCCCCAGAGUCAGGGCGUGACAGGUACCCAGGCUACCAACCCAACCGUCUAUUGGCAAUUAUUAUCACAUCACAGUGUGUUAACAUACCGUAGUAUUGGCCAAGUACAAACACAUUAUUUUCAUUGAUUCCUCAUUUCAUUUAUUUUAAAAGGGCAAUGUUUGAUUUCAUUUAUGCUUAUGGUAAGGCAGGGGCUGGGCUAGGCUAAGCUGGGGUAAUUGGCUGAUGGGAUUGCUUGGUUCUCCUGAUCUGAUCUAUUGCCAUGUUGUGCAAGGCUGGUGGGACUGCAGUACUAUAGUCUUCAGUCAUUUACAGUCAAAAAACACACUCACUCGUACCAGGGUUGUUUACAGGCACAUACAAUCAGCACACACACUCACUAUCUCUUUCCCAGAAUGAAAUAUUGAGAUGGGACGAGAGGAUUUAAAAAUAGCCCCUGUGCAGUCCUCUCAGCUCUGACUCCAAGCCACAUGGUGAGAAUACCACCGCCCGUCGUGCUGCAGCGUGCUGCACUGCAUGGCCCACAGGACCAGACAGAAAACAACCUGCCCUUUCUCUCUGUCUCUCUUUCCUCCGGCUCUCUGUCUAUCUUUCACUCUUUCCUCAUCCAUUCUCUAGCUCUCUCUUUGUCUCGCCCUCUCUCUCUGUCCCUCCUCCUUCUACUCCCACACACACACAUCCAUCCAUUCCCUUACUCUUUCUCUAUUUUUGCUUUCCCUCUCUUUCACUCGCUCUCUCUUGAAAAUAUAUUUGAAUAGGCUACUUGAUUUGGAUGCAGUAGAAUAGAAAGGACUCAAAUAUUUUGGAGAUCACGCUGAUGCUUUGACUAGGGAGGCAUGAUGACUCAUGAUGGACACACACUCAUACACACACACAAACACUCAGCAGGUCUAUAUUGGCCGAGGUUGACCAGCCAGGUCACCCGUGACACAAAUCAGUAUUCGACAUCCAUCCAUGUCUGAGGACGUUGUGCGAUGAUGUGGAAACUGGCCACUAGGGGCAACAGUUACCUUCAAGUAGGUUUUGCUAGAGCAUUGUGGAUGGGGAUAGCAGAUGGUUGUAAGCAUCUGCCUCUGAUUCCAAAGGUUGCAAGUUGAAAUUCAGCAAUAGAAAGUUAUUUUUGAGAUGUUUGUUUUAAGCCUAUCCCAAACCUUAACCCUUACCUUAAACAUUCAAAGUUAAUGCCUAACCUUAAGAUUUCGUGGUUAAUGCCUAAACUUAACUCUAACUUAAUAAAUCAGAGUUAACGCCUAAACUUAACCUUAAAUUUGACAUUUGCAACAACUUUGAAUUUUUGAGAAACAUCGAUGAACAUCUAAUUCUGACGUCAGACUAAGAGCUAGUUGAGUUUGACAGUGUGUGUGUGUUGUACCCCAGUGCCAGCUCCUUGGGUAAGUGAUGAUCGUAACAGCCAUUUAACAGCCAGGCCGCUAUAAAAAAUUGCUGGAGAUAAGAGAAGAACGGUCAUGUAGGCUACUGCUGCUGGUGAAAAACAAAUGAUGUCCUCACGCUUUCCCUUCCUCGUUCUCUGUUUCUCUCUCUGUAGAGCAUUUCAAUUUCUGUCUUCCAGUGUGCCACAUCAUUGAAUCCCAAAUGGUUUACUUACAAAUCUAAUAAUAUUAUCUCACUCUCUCUCUCUCGCUCUCUCUCCUUCCCUCCCUCCUCCGUCCCUUCCAGGAGUAUGGUGUGCUUCAGCACUGGAGGUGUCAGUGGGGAAGGUGCCCUUCAUGGAGGCGAUGAAUGGCAGCACGGUGCUGUUACCCUGCACCUACUCCAGCUGCAUCGGCAUCAAGAACCUCUACUUCAACUGGCACUACAACGACAAUGGCACCAUGACGAAGGCAUGACACUUACUGACACGGUUAUCUCCCUCACUAACACGCCCUCAAUGAACAAUGUGACAUUCAACUCAUAUCUCAACAUCUCUCCCCUUUACUUUUGAUAAACAUCUUUGUAAAGCACAUUGAAUUGCUUCGAUGUAUGAAUUGUGCUAUAUAAAUAAACUUGCUUGCUUGCUUGCUUGCUUCACCCCUGUUGUCCACCUCUUUCCCCCUCUCCCUCUUCCUCUCCCUCCUCUUCUCCCUCUCCCUCUCCCUCUCCUUCUCCCCUCCCCCUCCCACUCUCCCUCUUCCUCUCCCUCCUCUUCUCCCUCUCCCUCUCCCUCUCCCCUCCCCCUCCCACUCUCCCUCUUCCUCUCCCUCCUCUUCUCCCUCUCCCUCUCCUUCUCCCCUCCCCCCCCUCUCUCCCUCCCCUCUCUCCCUCUCCCUCUCCCUCUCCCUCUCCCUCUCCCUCUCCCUCUCCCUCUCCCUCUCCCUCUCCCUCUCCCUCUCCCUCUCCAGCUGUGUGAGGCAGUGAUCCCUAUAGGAGGUGUGGAACCACGGGUGCAGGUGUACCACGAGCGGAUAGAGUUUGUGGGCAGCAGUAAGCACAACAACAUCUCCAUCCUGCUGUUCAACGUGACCUUCGAGGACGAGGGAGAGUACACCUGUUUUGCCCGGAACCCCAAGGAGAAGAACCGCAACCAUAGUGCCAUCUUUACCCUCUUCGUGGUGGAUGAGUGUAAGACACUGCACACUCCCUGACUGCAUACGACAUACUCAUUGACGACAUUUUCAUACUUUAAGUUUAGGCCACCCAGUCACCAGUCUUUUUGAUGUCUUCAAGUGGAAGUAGGGCAAAUAUCUGCUUUAUUUGUCAUGUGUCUAAGUUCCACAUUGUAUAAUGGCUCAAGAAUACCCUGAUAUCAGUUCCAUGGUCAAGUGUUAUGUUGCAGAAUUAUCUAUUUAUUGUCCAACCGAGUGUGUUGAUCGUAGUGUAUACACAGCAUACACUAGAAUCAAUUCCUUGGAGGUAAAAGCUAUAUGAAAAUGUAUCAUAUCUCCUCAUGAGCGGAUCAAUCGAUCUUCCAGCGCUGUGGUUGUGAGACUGAUCAACACAUUCUCAAUUCUUCCCUCCUUCUCUCUCUUCGCUGCCUGGUGAAACAUGUUUGCCAGUUCGUUUUUCUUGAAUGUUUACAGAUACACCUUUGACAUAAUGUCAAAGAUCUGCAUCAAAUUACUUCAUCAUAUUCUCCUAGAAUGUACACCUGACUAUGAUUAUAGGGAAACAGCUGAAUACUCAUCUUACAGAACCCUCUCUUCCUCUUACCAUUCUAUUCCUCCCUCCCUUCCACCCUCUCUCUUGUUAUCCACCUCCUCUCCCCAGUGAAAGUGGUUGACAAUACCGUAACCACCAUCAUCGUGUCUGUCGUGGGCGGAGUCAUUGGCUUGAUCAUCGUUGUCAUGGUGACAAAAACUGUGGUGCUCCUCAUCCUAAGAAAGUCUGCAGAGAAGAAGUAAGUGAUUAAAAACUCAGGUGUAUAAGUGAUGGCAGAGUAUGCAGUUAGUAUGUAUUAUCUGAGUGUGUGUGGCUACAGAGAUACAGAGAUAGUGCACACAUGCACAGGCUGGGAGCAGCACAGGAUCAGCCACAGAGUGGCCCCAUUGAGCUGUUUGGGAGUUAAGUGCCUUGCUCAAGGGCACCUGAGAUAUUAAUGCUAGCAACCCUGCCAGCUCACCCCUUCACAUGUUUCCCGUCAGCGCUGGAAUUCGAACCAACAGCUCUUCAGCUACCGCUUCCCCCCUUUGAAACUGUCAUGGAACAUUGGUAUGCAUGCCUUUAUCAACAUUUCUUUACCUGCCUUUUGUUCUUCACACUGACUCUGACUCUUCUCUCUCUCUCUCUCUCUCUCUCUCUUGCUUUCUCCUCUCACAGUAAAGAGUGCCUUGUGAGCUCAGGACAGGACAACACAGACAAUGGACUCAACACAGCCAAAGCUGACAACAAAGCAACACCAAAGGCAUGAAACAUGUGCACCUAUGUAUAUGUACAUAUAUGUCUGUACAUGUAUAUAUGUACACAUGCAAAUAUAUUGAACAGACAUAGAAAGAAAGCUAUUAUCAAUGGACUGUUUUAUCUUUAUCUAAUGACAAAAGUAUAACAUAAACCAAUGUGAAAUAAUAUGUAAAAUGUAUAUUUGAAAUUGUGCUAGAGAUUUGGGGAACAUGAUAGGUGAUCAGGGCUGGAUCAGACACACUCCAAUGACACACCCUAAAAUAUUGUGUACCCAAAUUGGGGUUUAUUGAAGUAUUUAACUGAAUCUUCUCAAACCCUAUUUCUGAACAUUUCUUGAAUCAACAUCGAUGUCUCACCAGUUACUCAUUCAUGUACACUAGGUAAAAACAGCAGGUUGACGUUUAUUGGGAUGCAUCUUGUCCUGGGGGCAGAGCUGAGCGGUUUCCACUAGAUUUAAGUUUAGGGUUAGGCAUAAGGUUAACAGUGUGGUUAAGGUUAGGGUUAAGAUUAGGUUUAAAACAGAGGAGGCUGGUGGGAGGAGCUAGAGGAGGACAGGCUCAUUUUAAUGGCCGGAAUGGAAUAAAUGGAAUGGAGUCAAACGUGGUUUCCAUAUGUUUAAUGUGUUUGAUACCUUUCCAUAAUUCAAUUCCAGUCAUUACAAUGAGCCCAUCCUCCUAUAGCUCCUCCCACCAGCCUCCUGUGUUUAAAAUGUAAUUUGAUGACUUGUGGCUAAGCCAGCGAGUGACCACCCUGCAGAGCUGCCUCCAGGACAAGAUUCAUCCCAAUAAAUGUCAACCUGCAUAAAAACACACACACACAGUAACUCACACACUGCCAAAUUCUAUUAACUGCCCUAUUGUAUACUCUACAAAAGCACAAUAUAUUCUGACCAUCUCUACAGCUCUUUUGAUUAAGAGCAAUAUUUAAGGUAGCCUACUGCCCGAUGGAGAUUCUUUGUACUCUCUGCACACUUUUUACAGGGAGCAAACAGCUUCCCUCCUUUAACUAUAGUGAACGUUUACAGUCCAUUUUUGACAAAAAGUUUAUUCCUUUAAAGAUGAUGCGGAACAAAUUCCAUACAGUAUCAAUUGUGCCUAUUCAAUAGGAUGUACAGUAACUGAAAGAUGUUUACCACUAUUAUCAACAACUGCUACAGUUACUGAGGUCAAGACUCUUCAUUAGAUCUGCAUACUGAAUACAAAUACUGCUCUGAAGCUUUGGAAGGCAGAGCAGUGGGCUGGUUAUGAGGACAAUGCCACUGCGGAGAAAAGGAAUGUGAUGAAGGAGAAGAGGAAGAAGGGAGUCAUUGGAGUGUAUAAUAGAUCCAGCCCAACACUGGUUUGAUUCAUGUUUGCAUUAGAUGAAACACAGGUGCCUGUACUUAAUUCCUGCUCCCUUCGCUUUUAGGAAGCCUUAAAACCGCUGUGAAAAACACACAGAAAAAAACACAAAAAAAUUAUAAAAAACACAGAUAAUAUAAAAAGACCAAGACCUAAAGUAAAGACAAUUCCUAGAAACCCAUUUCCCUAUAGAAAUGAAUGAACGUUUAUGAUGCUGCUUCUAACAAAUAACCAAUGCUUUUUUUUAGCAUGUGAAUGUUGUUUAUAUAUGUGACAUGUCCAUACCACAGGAAAGACUGAUGUCUAGUGUUCUGUCCUCACCUGGCCUGUAUGUAUAGUGAAUAUGUAGGCUACUUGUAGUUUAUCCACAUCCACUUAAUUUGAAGUAAACCCCCAUAGGACUAACAUGUUAAUGUGGCUAUUAGCCUAUUACAGGAUAAUGCCCUCCAACUUCAAUACUGCAAAACAUUGUAUUGAUGACUCUGAUGCCAACUACCAAGCUGGCUCAUCAUCGAUACCCCUUGACCUUGUGUAGCCUAUGUCCCGUAUUCAAAUCAGUCACCAUAUGAACGAAAAGGCCCACUACUGAUGUGCAUGGUUCUUCAUGAAUAUCCACUGUUGUUCCCCCAAAAUAGAGACAGCUGUGGGAGUAGGAGUUUGAGCUGCGGAAUGCAAUGACUCUAGUACUACAAAGGUCCAUUGUCCCUCAUCAAAGCAUUCCCUUAUGACUCCGUCCCCUCAAGAAUGAAUGUCAUAUUGCCACGUUAAUGGGAAUCAUGCAAUCAAACUAGGCAAAGCCAUAAAUUAUCUAUUUAAAUGUAUUUAUUUCAUUUCAUACCUGUUUCUAAAGCAAAUGUGUUAUUUGUACAGCCAUAUUUGUUCAAAAUAAGUGUUGCCAUUUAAAAUGACAACCACACCGCUCUACGUCUAUGUGUGUAUAAAGUAUCAUUGUAAUUGCAGAGAUAGAACUAUAAAUGAAUGUCCACUUCGUAGGUUUUACUCAUCUGAGAUGUAAAUGUACAGGCCCCUCAAUCUCCUCUCCACACCUCUCCUCGCCCUCAGAUAAUAAAAUGUACAGGGGUUUAGGAAGAGGGUGGUGCUGUAGACUUAGGAGGGGUAUUAUAGGCACUUUAUUCAUAUAGAGUAUUCUUAUGAAUAUCUAGAAUGUGGUUGAUGUGAGGAAAAAAGAGAGGAGUGCUAGUAGACUUUGCAGGGGGGGUGAUGGUUGCCCAGUUGAUUAUAACCAUAUUGUGGGUGGCAAUUAGAUAGAUAGAUAUGGACAACUAGUCUGUCUAGGGAUAAUCCAUUCUAGACCUUCCUCUUCUAUUCCCUUACCAUGUUGAGGUUAGCACCUUUGGAAAGGUCUUUCUUAUCACUUGACCUACAGGACCUUUUUUUUAUUACCAGGGGCCCUGGUGACAUGGAGAGCAAGGGAAUGUUUUCAGACAGAGCACUGCCAUACCCAUAUCCCAUGGUUGUGAUUUCGAUCCUGUAGGAUCAGUUGAUGGACGUACUAGUGGCACUGGACUUACUUUCGCCAUGUAAUGUCUUAGCUUUAGAGAACACAAGGUAACAUACAUGAUGUAGCAACAACAUUUCAGCUGGUUCUUGCAGAAUCACCGAGGAUGAGAUGGCAACUUAUCACCUUGUUCACUAUUUACCAUCACUGUAGUUUCCGUUUUCUAUUCAUAGAUACCUAUGUUUAAUGGAAGCAAUAAGAAUGAAAACUUUAAUUUGCUGUUGUGGUAGUAAAACAGAUGAUGCAAUAACCAGCUCAUGAACCUAGAUAUUGGGUAUGGUGGCGUGCUGCCUGUUCUUUGCACUGAUGUACCAACUGUUUGUAUUGAUGUGGUCCAUGGUGGCUCUCCUGUCCAUUGUAUUACCCUGUAAAAAACCAGUGACACACAGAGACAUACACACACAAUAUUGGUUCCACGUAAAGUCAGUGAACCAUUACUCGUUUGACAUUGGAGAAAAGCACGCAAAGCCUGCCUCUGGGAGAAAAGCAAUACUAAUCAGUCUUUGUAUAAUCAACCCUCUGUUGAUGUAUUCAGAAGGAUCAUGUUGAUGAAGAAAAUGAUUCAUAAGGCUAGUUACUGUGUUCGUAUCUUGUUGUUUGCAGAUUCAUUGUCCCUUCUUUAACUUUAAUCAUCUGAGAAUGUGUGUUACUAAGUACAGAGUUAUCCUUCACUGUUCACUGCUUCAGUAUCUCUAGAAGAACACUGUCUGUUCAAGCUCCUCAGUAUGUGUAGUUCCACAAGCUCUGAGGUCGACUAGCCAUGUCUGAGCUGAGAUCCACUAGCUCUGAGCCUGAUUGUGAAUGUCUGAGCUGCGGGGUGCAGCAGUGAGCAUGCCCAGUGUAGUGGUGCUCUAGAGACAGUCGCAUAGCCAAAGUAAUGCAUUGUGGACCACGUGUUAUGAUAGACUAAAAGCUGCAAUCAGCUCAAGCCUGCAUCACCGAGGCAGAUCCACACAACUCACCCUGUGAACCAACGUCUCAGGCAACACAGACUAACAGCAUGGCUGGUAGUAUUAUGAGUAUUAUUACAGCACAGUAUUAUUAAGCACCCUUUGAUACACUCUUAUCACACUUGCACAACCACGAAAUGAAACAAAUUAUGUCAUGUGUCCAUCGGUAUUGAUACCUUGUACACGUUGUGACAGUACACAGUAAUACAGGAAGCAUCCAAUGAUGAUUCACUGUUUUACUACACUGCUCAAAAAAAUAAAGGGAACACUUAAACAACACAAUGUAACUCCAAGUCAAUCACACUUCUGUGAAAUCAAACUGUCCACUUAGGAAGCAACACUGAUUGACAAUAAAUUUCACAUAAUGUUGUGCAAAUGGAAUAGACAACAGGUGGAAAUUAUAGGCAAUUAGCAAGACACCCCCAAUAAAGAAGUGGUUCUGCAGGUGGUGACCACAGACCACUUCUCAGUUCCUAUGCUUCCUGGCUGAUGUUUUAGUCACUUUUGAAUGCUGGCGGUGCUUUCACUCUAGUGGUAGCAUGAGACAGAGUCUACAACCCACACAAGUGGCUCAGGUAGUGCAGCUCAUCCAGGAUGGCACAUCAAUGCGAGCUGUGGCAAGAAGGUUUGCUGUGUCUGUCAGCGUAGUGUCCAGAGCAUGGAGGCGCUACCAGGAGACAGGCCAGUACAUCAGGAGACGUGGAGGAGGCCGUAGGAGGGCAACAACCCAGCAGCAGGACCGCUACCUCCGCCUUUGUGGAGGAGCAGGAGGAGCACUGCCAGAGCCCUGCAAAAUGACCUCCAGCAGGCCACAAAUGUGCAUGUGUCUGCUCAAACGGUCAGAAACAGACUCCAUGAGGGUGGAAUGAGGGCCCGACGUCCACAGGUGGGGGUUGUGCUUACAGCCCAACACCGUGCAGGACAUUUGGCAUUUGCCAGAGAACACCAAGAUUGGCAAAUUCACCACUUGCGCCCUGUGCUCUUCACAGAUGAAAGCAGGUUCACACUGAGCACGUGACAGACGUGACAGAGUCUGGAGACGCCGUGGAGAACGUUCUGCUGCCUGCAACAUCCUCCAGCAUGAACGGUUUGGCGGUGGGUCAGUAAUGGUGUGGGGUGGCAUUUCUUUGGGGGCCGCACAGCCCUCCAUGUCCUCGCCAGAGUUAGCCUGACUGCCAUUAGGUACCGAGAUGAGAUCCUCAGACCCCUUGUGAGACCAUAUGCUGGUGCGGUUGGCCCUGGGUUCCUCCUAAUGCAAGACAAUGCUAGACCUCAUGUGGCUGGAGUGUGUCAGCAGUUCCUGCAAGAGGAAGGCAUUGAUGCUAUGGACCGCCCGUUCCCCAGACCUGAAUCCAAUUGAGCACAUCUGGGACAUCAUGUCUCGCUCCAUCCACCAACGCCACGUUGCACCACAGACUGUCCAGGAGUUGGCCACCUCAUCAGGAGCAUGCCCAGGCGUUGUAGGGAGGUCAUACAGGCACGUGGAGGCCACACACACUACUGAGCCUCAUUUUGACUUGUUUUAAGGACAUUACAUCAAAGUUGGAUCAGCCUAUAGUGUGGUUUUCCACUUAAAUUUUGAGGGUGACUCCAAAUCCAGACCUCCAUGGGUUGAUACAUUUGAUUUCCAUUGAUAAUUUUUGUGUGAUUUUGUUGUCAGCACAUUCAACUAUGUAAAUAAAAAAGUAUUUAAUAAUAUUAUUUCAUUCAUUCAGAUAUAGGAUGUGUUGUUUAAGUGUUCCCUUUAUUUUUUUGAGCAGUGUAUUAUAGCAAAAACCUGGAAAAUGAUACAGAGCUAUAUCUCACGUUCAAUGUUAUCAAAAUACUUAUAUACAAUGGGAAAUCCAAUCAACGCUAAUACAUGCUAUAAAUUCUCUGUAGUUCAAAUAAGAAUACUCCAAUUUGCUAACAAUGCAUUGUAGAUUAUAUUGCCACAAGGUAUAUGUAUUCAAUAUAAAGAUCUGCAAUGACAGUCAAGGGACAGGGAUAGAAAUAUAUCCACUCAGUACUAACAUUGUCUGCUUCUUAUAUAACAGAUGUAAUAAUCAUCUGAUUUGAUACUAAUAUGGGUUUCCUGCGGCCCACUGCCAGAGCGACUCCUACUCACACUGCCAAGCCAAGAGUUUGUGAAGUCUGCUCUCUGCUUCCCACAUUCCAGUGCAGGGAACACCCCCUGCUCCAACCUGCAGUAUACUAUACAGUACAGUACAGGUCCUCUGGCCAAACUGCAUUUUAAAACUCAUUUUCUAAAGGCUCGGCUGUGAGCUGUUUUAGCCCACCAAGGCCAAAUGAAACAAACAAGCAAAAGAAAAGUAUAUAUUUUAAUCCUUAUUACAAUGGCUGUGCAUUUGCACUUGUAGCCAACUCUUGCUACACACAUCACAGUUUACUAUCAAAUAGAUAGGACUUUUACUCUGAGCUCAUAGGUAUCAAGGUUAUAACCUGUUAGGAUCACAACACACACAUACAGGUGUACACAGUUUUUGCCCAUCAUCCUCUACUCCAAGGAGCUGUCCAGGGUUCUGAGGGGCUGUUUUCACUCCCUCACUGGCCUCACCCACAGGGUUACUGUCUGUGGUUAGUAGUCACUAGCUGGCCAGGCUUGAAUGGCUCAAGUGGCAGUAUCAUCCUAACUGAUGACUAAGUACAGUACAUUUGCUAUUUGUUAUUGGGGUUAAAGUAUGCUGUACUUCCAUAAUGCCUUGCUAAAUUGUAACGACCACUGUUAAGCCCAAGCUGAGCAUGGGGGCUAAUGUGGCUCGUGCAGAGGAAAACAGCUCGCCCUCUCACCCACCAAAACAUACACACCCACUUACUGUGAGGCAGUCACUGACUGACCCAACUCAACCCCCUCAGUCUCUAACACGAUGCUUCGUUUAAGAACUACAGUGGGGAAAAAAAGCAUUUAGUCAGCCACCAAUUGUGCAAGUUCUCCCACUUAAAAAGAUAAUAGAGGCCAACAUUUUCAUCAUAGGUACACGUCAACUAUGACAGACAAAUUGAGGAAAAAAAAUCCAGAAAAUCACAUUGUAGGAUUUUUAAUGAAUUAUUUGCAAAUUAUGGUGGAAAAUAAGUAUUUGGUCACCUACAAACAAGCAAGAUUUCUGGCUCUCACAGACCUGAACUUCUUUAAGAGGCUCCUCUGUCCUCCACUCGUUACCUGUAUUAAUGGCACCUGUUUGAACUUGUUAUCAGUAUAAAAGACACCUGUCCACAACCUCAAACAGUCACAGUCCAAACUCCACUAUGACCAAGACCAAAGAGCUGUCAAAGGACACCAGAAACAAAAUUGUAGACCUGCACCAGGCUGGGAAGACUGAAUCUGCAAUAGGUAAGCAGCUUGGUUUUAAGAAAUCAACUGUGGGAGCAAUUAUUAGGAAAUGGAAGACAUACAAGACCACUGAUAAUCUCCCUCGAUCUGGGGCUCCACGCAAGAUCUCACCCCGUGGGGUCAAAAUGAUCACAAGAACGGUGAGCAAAAAUCCCAGAACCACACGGGGGGACCUAGUGAAUGACCUGCAGAGAGCUGGGACCAAAGUAACAAAGCCUACCAUCAGUAACACACUACGCCGCCAGGGACUCAAAUCCUGCAGUGCCAGACGUGUCCCCCUGCUUAAGCCAGUACAUGUCCAGGCCCGUCUGAAGUUUGCUAGAGUGCAUUUGGAUGAUCCAGAAGAGGAUUGGGAGAAUGUCAUAUGGUCAGAUGAAACCAAAAUAUAACUUUUUGGUAAAAACUCAACUCGUCGUGUUUGGAGGACAAAGAAUGCUGAGUUGCAUCCAAAGAACACCAUACCUACUGUGAAGCAUGGGGGUGGAAACAUCAUGCUUUGGGGCUGUUUUUCUGCAAAGGGACCAGGACGACUGAUCCGUGUAAAGGAAAGAAUGAAUGGGGCCAUGUAUCAUGAGAUUUUGAGUGAAAACCUCCUUCCAUCAGCAAGGGCAUUGAAGAUGAAACGUGGCUGGGUCUUUCAGCAUGACAAUGAUCCCAAACACACCGCCCGGGCAACGAAGGAGUGGCUUCGUAAGAAGCAUUUCAAGGUCCUGGAGUGGCCUAGCCAGUCUCCAGAUCUCAACCCCAUAGAAAAUCUUUGGAGGGAGUUGAAAGUCCGUGUUGCCCAGCGACAGCCCAAAAACAUCACUGCUCUAGAGGAGAUCUGCAUGGAGGAAUGGGCCAAAAUACCAGCAACAGUGUGUGAAAACCUUGUGAAGACUUACAGAAAACGUUUGACCUGUGUCAUUGCCAACAAAGGGUAUAUAACAAAGUAUUGAGAAACUUUUGUUAUUGACCAAAUACUUAUUUUCCACCAUAAUUUGCAAAUAAAUUCAUUAAAAAUACUACAAUGUGAUUUUCUGGAGAAAAAAAAUCUAUUUUUGUCUGUCAUAGUUGACGUGUACCUAUGAUGAAAAUUACAGGCCUCUCUCAUCUUUUUAAGUGGGAGAACUUGCACAAUUGGUGGCUGACUAAAUACUUUUUUUCCCCACUGUAUAAAGUGAAUGUGCAACUCCCCCUCCUAUUCGUCUGUUUCUGUAAUAAUGUCCAACAUUCUCACCUCUCAUAACUAUGCAACUCAAUAGUUUUUCUCUGGAAAUAAACAGGAAAUAAAGGUUUGCAUAAAAGGAGUUAUUGUUGUGGAUGUGUCUGUUUGUUGCUGAGGCUAUGGAUUAACUUUAUUGUUACUACUGUCUUGUAACUUCCCUAUAUAGCCCACUGGAUGACACAGGCUUACACGUCAUUGAUACAGGGUUUAGGCAGUGCAAUCAGACCCUGCUGAGAUAUCACAAUACUCAAAGUUCAUCCCAACCCAAAUCUGAUCAUUUAUUGAACAUAGGCAUCCCUUUAUCAAACAUACCAACAAUACAGGCACAUUUUUAUCUUACACAGACAACCAUUUCUACGUAGUAUACAAUAUUUACAGAUAUACAAAGAAACACUAAAUGUUCACAAUUUCUAAAAAACACGUCAUUAAUCAGAACCUUGUACAUGUGCAUGUUGGCGCAAGUAAGGAUUAUUCCGAUUACACACUGGAAAUCUGUCGGCACACAGUGAAUAGGUCUGACCACCUGAAAGUGCAAAAGUGAAUCCAUGAUGGCAUGUACAGUAUGGUAAGUCGAGGGGACUAAUGGCCCGCCCUUGACAUAUAAUAUGAAGAAAGGUUGACGUCACAGCACCAUACUUGAGGAUCAUUUAACAUUAGGUAAAAUGCGAAUUUCAACUGCAUGGCACAUAUACUUUAUCUACAUAUUUUCAUUAAGACAUUUCACCCAUGGAAAGUUGGAUGAACAUGUUGAACAUUGUGCAAUGCAUUUCAAUACUCACAUAAAGAUGUGGUCACAUUACGACUUUACAUAUAUAAACGUGGUCAAGUACAGCAUGUAUGGAUGUUUUCUCGCAACCUCAUUGACAAAAAGACAGCAGAGGCACUUGGUGAGAGUCCUGUCUCAAAGUGCUCAGCCAUGUGAAAAACCCACGCUUCAUCCCAAACGGCCCCCCAUUCCCUUGAUAGUGCACUACUUUUACCCAUUGGGUUCUGGUCAAAAGUAGUGCACUAUAAAGGCAAUAGGGUGCCAUUUGGGACGCAUCCCAAUACCAACUGUCGUCUCCAGCGACAGUGUUACACUACCACGUAAGUGGUCACAGAGAUACAUAAAAUGGCACAAGCCACACUGUAAAUAACCUGUUAUAGUAAAUAAGGAGUGUUGUGUGUGUCCGCAUGUUUGCGUCUAUGCACUUUUGUGCCUAUCUGAGUGUGCGGGCAUGUGCGUGUGUUUGUUUGAGGUAUGUAUUGUUGUAGGUGUUUUGAAUUGCACUUUGAAGAGGAUUCCUCUUACAUUCCCCUAACAGAGCUCCAUGUAGAUCCGCUUAAAUCCAUUCUGAUAGCCCAACCCAAUAGAGUAUUGGCUUUUGGUCACGGUUUGAGGCUUCAAGGGUUUUUCUAGAACAAUAAAAUACACAUAGUCAGACCAUGACAUACAGUUGAAGUCAGAAGUUUACAUACACCUUAGCCAAAUACAUUUAAACUCAGUUUUUCACAAUUCCCGACAUUUAAUCCUACUAAAAAUUCCCUGUCUUAGGUCAGUUAGGAUCACCACUUUAUUUUAAGAAUGUGAAAUGUCAAGAAUAAUUUAUUUCAUCACAUUCCCAGUGGGUCAGAAGUUUACAUACACUCAAUUAGUAUUUGGUAGCAUUCCCUUUAAAUUGUUUAACUUGGGUCAAAUGUCUCGGGUAGCCUUCCACAAGCUUCCCACUAAGUUGGGUGAAUAUUGGCCCAUUCCUCCUGACAGAGCUGGUGUAACUGAGUCAGGUUUGUAGGCCUCCUUGCUCGCACAUGCUUUUUCAGUUCUGCCCACACAUUUUCUAUAGGAUUGAGGUCAGGGCUUUGUGAUGGCCACUCCAAUACCUUGACUUUGUUGUCCUUAAGCCAUUUUGCCACAGCUUUGGAAGUAUGCUCGGGGUCAUUGUCCAUUUGGAACACCCAUUUGCGACCAAGCUUUAACUUCCUGACUGAUGUCUUGAGAUGUUGCUUCAAUAUAUCCACAUAAUUUUCCUUCCUCAUGAUGCCAUCUAUUUUGUGAAGUGCACCAGUCCCUCCUGCAGCAAAGCACCCCCACAGAAUGAUGCUGCCACCCCCGUGCUUCACGGUUGGGAUGUGUUCCUCCAAACAUAACGAUGGUCAUUAUUGCCAAACAGUUCUAUUUUUGUUUAAUCAGACCAGAGGACAUUUCUCCAAAAAGUACGAUCUUUGUCCCCAUGUGCAGCUGCAAACCGUAGUCUGUCUUUUUUAUGGCGGUUUUGGAGCAGUGGCUUCUUCCUUGCUGAGCGGCCUUUCAGGUUAUGUCAAUAUAGGACUCGUUUUACUGUGGAUAUAGAUACUUUUGUACCUGUUUCCUCCAGGAUCUUUACAAGGUCCUUUGCUGUUAUUCUGGGAUUGAUUUGCACUUUUCGCACCAAAGUACGUUCAUCUCUAGGAGACAGAACGUGUCUCCUUCCUGAGCGGUAUGACGGCUGCGUGGUCCCAUGGUGUUUAUACUUGCGUACUAUUGUUUGUACAUAUGAACGUGGUAACUUCAGGCGUUUGGAAAUUGCUCCCAAGGAUGAACCAGACUUGGCUGAUUUCUUUUAAUUUUCCCAUGAUGUCAAGCAAAGAGGCACUGAGUUUGAAGGUAGGCCUUGAAAUACAUCCACAGGUACACCUCCAACUGACUCAAAUGAUGUAAAUUAGCCUAUCAGAAGCUUCUAAAGCCAUGACAUCAUUUUCUGGAAUUUUCCAAGCUGUUUAAAGGCACACUCAACUUAGUGUAUGUAAACUUCUGACCCACUGGAAUUGUGAUACAGUGAAUUAGAAGUGAAAUAAUCUGUCGAUAAACAAUUGUUGGAAAUUUAACUUGUGUCAUUGUCACGAUGUCAGUGUAUGCGGUAGACUGAAGUCAGGUGCAGGACACCGAACUCAAUGAAAAAACGUAUCUUUACUUAACCACGUAAAGUAACAAGAGGCCUCCACGCAGUGAGGAAUAAACCCGCUCACUCACGACAUCGGCGAACAAACAACAAACAUGCACAGAACACAAUGGGAGCCACAGGGUUAAAUAGGGGCGGAGUAAUAACAAGAUAGAUAGAAACAUAUAACAUAGAUCGGCAGCAGCUAGUACUCCGGUGACGACGAACGCUGAAACCUGCCCGAGCAAGGAGGAGGGGCAGCCUCGGCAGAAUCCGUGACAGUCAUGCACAAAGUAGAUGUCCUAACCGACAUGCCAAAACUAUAGUUUGUUAACAAGACAUUUGUGGAGUGGUUGAGAAAUGAGUUUUAAUGACUCCAACCUAAGUGUAUGUAAACUUCCGACUUCAACUGUAGUGUACAAUACACUAAUAUUAGUCUUUGUUUUCAGGGCAGCAGCAUACAACAUCUAGACUACAUAGUACAAAGUAAAAAUAAACACUAUUCAAAUACACUAGCUCCUAGCUCCUGUGUAAGCAUACAUACCUCCAUGACAGUGUGGAUCCAGUUGAGCAUUUCAUCCACAUUACAGUAGACCCCUGGUUGACCCUCUCUGGCACAGCCGAUCCCCCAACUCACCACCCCCACCAACUGCCAUUGUCCUGACAGGUACACCAGAGGACCACCACUGUCUCCCUACAACACAUGACCCAACAAUGGCAUUAAGUACACUAGAAUUACGCACUAUACACGUAUGCCAAAGGCCGAAGUUGAGGGUGGAUUUUCAAUAUUCAAUAGUGUUAUAAAGUCUUUCCAUUUGUUUUCUUACAGGACAAGGCAUUGAAUGUAUUCAUGCCAAACACUUUCUUAGUUUCUCUUCUGUUUUUCUCAAAGCAAACAUUCCACUUUAUACCUGACAUGCAUCCACUUUGCCCUCCAGGUAACCAGCGCAAAGCAUUCUGGGAGUAAUUGAGUCACCGUAGACAGCGGGACUGGAGCACUGAUCACUGUCUAUAAGGGGAAUGAUAGCCUUCUGGAGGACAGGAGACGCUUUACCUGAGGAGAGAGAAAAGGUGACAGAGGGGUGAGAAGGAGAAGAGGAGAAAGUAACUAUUAACAUUAUGUGAGAAUGAUUUGAGUAUAUGUGCUUGUUGGAUAGAGAUGAAGAGGGUGAGAGAAAGGGAAGGGGUAGUUUUGUUUGCUGUAUGCUCACCCUUCUCAUGGAGGUGGCCCCAGCCUGUCACCGUCAUUUGGUCUCCUGCCUUCAGGCCCAGGUUCAAAGGGGGCAAACACACGGGCCGACGAAAGUCUGGUGGAGGAAACAGAACUUUAUUGACAUGUACUUCCUCAUAAAUACAUUACAGCCUACUCUCAUUACAAUCUAAAUAUACAGUAUUUCCCUAGAGGGAUUUCCCAAGUUGCAAGACUCAUUGAAAUUGACAGUUUGAUCAAUUGGCCACUAGAGGUUAGAAUCUACCAUGAAUGCAUUCACUCUUCCUAGAAUUGAACUGCUUUUACAAGUACAUAUUUCCAUAUCAUUAUGUAGUGCGUAGUAUUCAUUUUUUAGAGUGCUGAGAAAUGUUCUACAUGGUAAGUCAUUCAAAACCAGAAUAGGUGGAUGCGGGGCUUUUGUUAUGUCUAGCCUUUGAGAAACCUGGAAUUGUCCAGCAAAUUCAGUACCACAGUCUGUGUGUCGCUAAAAUGUCAUGUCGGGGAAGUGACAUACUUCCUACAGUGAUGGGUAUGGUCAGCCUCAUCAUGGCCAUGUCGUAGUCAUUGAGGGCUGCGUUGUAAUCUCCGUUCAGUAUGAUCUUGUCUACAUACGAGCCUCCCAGGAUGCCCAUGUAGGUCCUCCCAGACACAACCCGCCAGCGACUCAGCUCCUUACUACUGUAGGACCAGGAGAGGGAAGAGGUACAGGGGUUAGCUGCAAGGCCUCUGUCUCUAUCUCCAGAUGCUUAAGCCUAUUAUACGAUUGCAGACUUUGUGGGAUUUUCCAUGUUGGAUGGUCAGAGUUAGAUUGUUUAUGUCUGGUUAAGCUAGUUGUAGAUAUCUAGAGUAGAUAUUCACACAUUCUACAGUGUAUAUAUUGUGUAUUGGAUGUCCAGUGGUACUGACCCAGAGAAGCAGUGUGCUGCUGUGACGACCCAGCGUGGUGACACCAGUGACCCUCCACAGGUGUGUUGUCCGUUGUGUUGCAGGCUCACCUGCCAUGGCCACUGUUCUAUAGACGCUUCCACCCCCCCCACGAUACGGUCCGAUUGCCCCUGCUCUCCACAGUCUGAUUCACACACAGGGGAAAGACAGUUUAGUUUCACUGAAGAGUUUUGUAAAGUACUAAAGUAGCAUCUCAGGAGUUGCCUUGUACACUAAGGUAGUUUGACGAGUAAAUGUAGAAUUAGCAGUGGGAGCGAACUCAAAUGAGCCCUUUGGCAGUUAGCGUUGCUACCUGUCAGUUAAGUAACACACUCAAGCCAGUACUGACCCAUUACAAAGUGGCUUGUUGCCUGGAUCCAGUUUGCCUGCAUUCUCCAGUCUCAGUCUCUCUGUCUAUAUCUCUUGUAUAACUCAACUCCUAGAGAACUUGGAUGAUGAAUAUCACUCAAGUCUUUUCCCAAUGAGCAGUCGGGGGGAAGGAGUGGGGGAGUCCAUUAAAGGGGGACAGGGAGGUGACAGAGUGUGAGGUGGGGUAGCAGAGGCAGGGGAAGGGCUUACCGGAGCAGGUCAGGGAGAUCACGGAUUCUGAGUUACACACCUGGCUGGAAUCAAACAAAGAGGGGAAUUCAACACAAAGUACAUACACACAGUACAUAGACACAUCACAUGCUGUAUGCAAAGAAACAUACCCAAAACACGAUUACCAAACAUAAUCGGUAGACAAAGAGUCUGAUUCCAGAGUUCAUCUUCAGUGUUGGUUCAGUGCCUGUCAGAUAUAAUAUACUUGUACUUCUUGUUUCCUCUAAUUACGCAAAAAAAGGAUUGGGGAAAGAACAGAAACUCCAAAGUUGUAUGUGUCAGAAAAACAGAUAGUAUGACACAGUCAGAGACACAUAUCGAGAGAGAGAGAGAGAGAGAGAAGAGAGAGAGAGAGAUGACACAGCCGUGAGAGACGAUCAAAGGAAACAGAAGAAAAUAAAAAAGAGUCCGGUUAAUCUGUUUUUCCAGUGCCUUGGGCUGUUUUAGAGAGUAAACAGACAGGGCGGUGCCACCCCAUCUGUAAUCAGUGGCAGUCAUGCAUUCUAUAUGCCAUGUCACAACUGCCUGAGCCUUAACUGCCAUCUUAGUACAAACAGUGGCAGUGGAAUGGGAGUGAACCAACACAAACACUGCAUAGUGAACAGUGUGACAGUGAUGCAGACAAAGCUGCAUGGUCAACAUAGUCAUUUAUUUAUUUAUUUUUAUUUAAGGCAGGUCAAUUAAGAACAAAUUACUAUUUACAAUAAAACAUAAAAAAUAAGACAAGUACCAUAAGUCAAGUACAGACAGAAGUACCCAAAGUGGGGAACAUUUAUUUAGACUUGAUUCAAUUCUCCAUUUACUGCACUGAUCAAGAUCAUAUCCAACCAUAUUUGAUACCAAGGCACUGUGUAAUUUUUUUACUGAUCCGUUCACCUUUCUGUUGAAACUAGAUCUCAUAGCUGGAAAGUGUCAGAGUGAAUAUCAGAACACAGUAGACAGUAACAGGCUCAAUAUAACCCAUAUUCUAAUGCUUACCGGUCAAUGACAGUCUGGUAAAUGGGGGUGGUUUCGGCUGCGACCCUGACCCCUGAGAACGGUCCUGUCUUCAGGGACGAGGACAAGUUCCGCACUGAAAUACUACUACUGAUGGGUUUACUGUGGGAACGAGUGGAGACAGAGAGACAUUUUCAAGACAUUUAAGAGAAACUGAAUAAUGUAAAGGGGAAUCUGUAUUUAAGUUGCUCAGUGGUGAGUGAGUUAGGGAGGGAGGAGACCCACUAGGUGUAGCCCAGCUGUUGACAGGCUUUCUCUGUGUGCUGCUGGGUCCAGUCCUCACCACACACACUCCUCCAUCCUGUCCCAGCACUGUAGAUCUGGAGAACACUCUGCUCAGAGACCAGACGCACUGCGCACACACACAGAGAGAGAGAGAGAGAGGAGAAAGUAAGAAUGAGAUUAAACAUAUAGAAGUGACACAGAGACAGAUGUAUAAAGAUUUAUAGAUGGAGUGGUGUGUGCCUUUCUGUGUGUUUGUGCAUGUGUAUGUGUGUGUGUGUUUACCUGAGAAGGUAGUGUUGACCGUCAUCUUGGCCACACAGGUGAGCUCGUCCUCUCCUCCUGAACAGUCCGCCACCCCAUCACACGCUUUGUCCAGGGGAAUGAACUUCACCGACCGGGAGCAGAAGAAGUACUUACUGUUGAUCAGCUGCGCGACUGGGGACAGAAAGAAAGGGGGGAAGGGGGAUGAAAGGAGGAGAGACAGAAGAUAG